CUUUCUGCUUGUGAAACUCUUGUCCCACAGGACUGCCGAUAUGCCAAGCAGGACUUGGCCUCAAUAAAUGAUAUAGUUGGCAGUGUUAAGAACUAUGCAGUUAAGAUGGAAAAUGAAAGCAUAGCUUGGAGAAGAAGAAUUUUAUCUGUGAUUGAUAUUAGCAAUUAUCAAAUCUUGAUCUGUUGCUAACUAUGUUUUCAAAGGGGAAAAAUCCUCCACGAUUGCUACCACCUUGAGGGUUCAAAAUGACAUAAUGGGUACUGCAUUUUCAGAUGCGCAAAAACAACUUGGAGAAUAUGUGACAUGGUUGCAAUCAGAUAGUGCUCGUGAAGGAAGGAUGUAUGCAGAAAUGUUUGAAAAACGUUGGCCUUCAUUUGUCUAUCCGUACAGUGGGGUGCAUUCGGAGAAUUCGCUGAAGAAAGUAAACGAACUCAGCUUGAAAGUGAAAGAGGGCUUCAGUACCAGUGCUGCUUCCAAAUUGUUUGAGCAAGAAAUACGUGAAGUGUCUCUGGCAACUUUUGGUGGACUUGGAGCGGCAGGUUUAUCUGCUUCACUUCUGAUAUCUGUGCUGCCGACCACAUUAGAAGAUCUUCUUGCUCUUGGUCUUGCCUCAGCUGGCGGGUUAUUAGCAAUAUCAAAAUUUCCAGCUCGUCGGCAAGAGAUGAUAGAGAAGGUGAAAAGGACUGCAGACGCCUUGGCACGUGAAGUUGAAGAGGCGAUGCAGAAUGAUCUUUCCGAAGCUAUUGGAAAUAUGGAAAUCUUCGUGAAGAACGUUAGCCAGCCUUACCAAGAUACUGUUUGGAUUAAAACUUGACUUUGGGCUCAAGGAAGAAGCUGGCCCAAAAGGAGGCCUGGAGGAAUAGAAGAUCAAGGCCCGGCCGAAACCUAGGAAAGCAGGAAAGGGCCUUUUCUGACUUGAUACAAUUCAUAAAUGACCACUUG